AUGGCUCCCAUACCUAUAGCGCGGCAUACUAAAAAAAUAUUAAGGUUUGGACGGAGGCACAACAUAGCUUCCAGAGCUAUUUUGAAUCAAAAUUCGUACGGUACUUCCAGAGCUAUUUUGAAUCAAAAGUCGUACGGUAGUUGUAAGAACAAGGUCGUACGGCAGUUUCAAGAACAAGGUACAACACCAAGACCAUUAGGAAGCAUGAAAAUUCACAUACCGCGACUAGCGACUCUCUUGGACGGUAAGGCCCUAUGCAUUCGUUUGAUCUCUGCGCACUACUAUGGAGUCACAUUAUGCACAUGGCUGAAGUAUAAAGCACGCCGCCACGCGCCCUUCAAUCAUUCGUCAAGCAUACCUUUCUGGAUUAGACUCAGCCUCCGAAGCACCUAUCUCUAUAUCUCCAAUCCUACUAGAAAAAUGAAGCUUGCCAUCUUCCUGCUAAGCACUUUGUGCUAUCUGCAAUGCGACGCGGCUACUGCUGCCAAUGACUUGUGCAGUGGACCUAGCGGGCCUGAGCUCCUCAACUAUCCCCGACGUCAGCAACUACAUACUCCACCGCCUACACUAAAUGAUGGUGCAGACCCUCUGCGAGCGAUCCCACCGAUUGCACUCUUCGGUAAUGCUAAUGUCCAGGCUCGGCUUUAUCGCGUCCGCAACGACUUGAUAGGAGCUGGACCUCUGUUCUCUACCCGUCUUCUUAUUACCAACAAUUCGGGAACGGCCGUCAACUUUCGAGUAGUUCGUGUUGUCAAUGGAAACGCUCAAUGUCUUGGCUCGGCACGCUGGUCGGUUGGCAGUCAACAAUGGACCAUCGAUAACAACGGUGGCUCUCAAGUGUUUGUUGAUACAUUGAGAGCGGAGAAACCCCAGGGUGUGACUGUUGCCGGUGCCAAAGCUGUUUUUGUUUAUGUCUUUGAUGCAUCGAUUGAGCCCCAAACUCGGUCUUUUGAUGGAACAUUGCUUGCCUCAUUACUAGCUUAUAAGUUUACGACUCAGCGCAAAGAAGACACAUUCCAGCGUAGUGGUAGGUGUAACCGGAUGACGGCACCGGAUUGCUGUUUCCAUCCGCAGAGAAUGGUCAGACCCCCAGAAACCAGUCUACCCGGUAGCGCCCAACGAACACAACCACCUCCCUGCCGAACUCUGCCUCGCAAUGUCUUGAGUGUGAAUCAGAAGGGUUUUAUCGACACCUGUCCUUUCUGUAUAUGCCUUUUAGACCCCCUGGUAUCCGCAGCAAACCUACCACCUUUCAUCUACCUUUACGCGGCAGUUGAUGUUUUUGCCCACCCGCCUACGCCUCUGAAAAAGGGGUACAAAGAGGCGUUGGUUCCAAAUAUUCUAGAUAGAAUGCUCCUACUGCCAAGGAAGCGAAUUGAACACUUAUCAGUUCAAUAUCUUACGAGCGAAGGAAGCACAGACGUCAGUCUAUUAAAAAAUUUCUCAUCUGAUCCUCGUGUUGACAACCUCUGCACAGACUACAAGUGCCUGGUAUCCAGGCAAGAGCCUAGACGUCGGUCUACUAUGAUAGCAGCAUUACUUAAAGCUCGCCACCUCUGCAUCAUCGGCUGCAGCCUCCAUUGUUCCCCAAAGCACACAGUCCCCCUACUUCCUCAUCACCAUGCAGCCCAAGCCAUUAACCAUUCUGAGUUAUACCUCCUUUCUGUACAUACCACCUCUCCUCUCCAUGAUAAGACGCUGACAGUCUCCCUAGGUGUAUGCUCACCAGCGUCUCAGGCACCGCAAUCGCUUUGUCUAAUGACAACAUGCCGCCCCAGCCUAAACCACAUGGCACUCAUGAUGUAUGGCAUCGCCCAGUCGGCACAGACAAGGCCGAGGAUGGUUGAUGGCAAAUACGAGACAUGGCUUACGCAAGAAACUUGUACUGCUAACGGGUUCAAUUAUCACGAAGAGGGCCAUUGCUGGAAUAACGAUCAACAGUACAUGAACUUCGAUCAGUUCAACAAGGACUGCCAAGUGCAUGCGCACAACGGCUGGACGGAACCUGUCUGGCAUCUCAUUGGUGGAUGGAGAAACGAGGUUGUGAAAAGAGAUUCAGGCGUCGUACCUUCGAGGCUGGAUGCCUUAUUCCAGCCUCUAAGAUCGCAGCAGACGGCCUGUUUUCGCUGCUUUAAGCUUAUGUCGCAAUCUGCAAUCUUUGCUACUUAUUCGAAGGCAAAUUUACUAUGGAUGCACGUAAUUUUGCUUUUUUCGGCUAAUAAGAGCGCUGAGACGCAAGGUCCCAUCAUCGUGUUCAACGUGCAACGAGAGAAUGGAGCGUUGGUCGAGGCGAGCGAUGUGGUUAACCGGGCACAGAAGUCGCUGAUUCACCUUGGGAGCGUAAAUUUGCCCUGGCCCAUCAAGGGAGAGUGGGAGAAUGGUCUCGCUACAGUCCCAACCAGCUAUGCUCAUUGUACCGAAACUCUGAUCACAUGCUUGCAAGUAUGCAUUGAUGCCGGCAAGGGCGAGUGGGAGCUCUGUAGGCUUCUGCGUUUCUUAAAGGUCGCAUACCUUUCGAGCGAUCGGCGUGUCAGCGAUACUUAUCUUUACGCUUGCGCCGGGGAUGAAACAACAAGUCGGCCAGAGCCUCUUACCAGCAUGUCCCUCCGUGCGAAGGCGUUUCGGGAAUUAGGAUGGUGGGAUGACGCAGCGGAACUAGAGACGAAAGCGAUCGCCAUCCGCUCACAAUUUCUAAUUCUGCUUGGUACAAGACUAUCUCGAACGUACUAUGUGAAGCAGGUCUAUGGAAGUUGUUAUGUUGACAUUCGGAUCGUAUUCUAUCAGACGCGGCGAUCUUUCGCCAACGAUACUGAACAGCGCUCGCUCGUCAACCACGUGGAUCCUGGUUGCAGUAGUGGCAUUUCAGUCGCCCCAGGAGUGUAG